AUGCCUCGAAAGCAAUUCGUCGCCGACAUCCAGGUCACCGCCAGCCUGAAUAUUCCCAGCAUCGGCAAGAUCGAGAGAGGCCCCGACGAUGAUGUUCUCGUGUCUUUCAUUCCUGCCUCUGGUCCUCCCAUCGAGAUCACUUUCAUGGCUCAACCAGAUGUUGCUUCGUAUCCCUCUGAGAGCAUGUUCAUAGCCUAUACAGACUCCCAAGGCGUCUCACCAGCUGCGGCCGCUCUGAUUGAAGACAUUUACAAUAUCUCGCUCGGCGUGCGUCUUCCAGAUCUCAUGACCACCGUGUCACAAAAGCUCCAGAGAGUCUUCGCAAGUGGUUCGCGCGAGGAUCCUGUAACCAUUGAUGACGGUGGCGGAGACACGGAAAUGCUCGAUGCUCUUGGCGUAGACGAUGAUGAGCAAGACUCGGAUGAGGAGGGGCCAGAGGAAUACUAUUCCGGCAAUGAUGAUGAUGAUUUUGGUAUAGAGUCUGUUCGAUACGGCUUGAACUCGCAUACGAAUUCUGCUCUACGUCUGAACCCAGUAACAGCCGCCAAGAUAAAGACCCGCAUUCGAAAUGACCUCCGGUCUGCGAAGAUGGCAGGAUUCAAAGUUGGAGUCAUCACUGGAAUGGAGGCUGAAUCCGUGAGCAGCAUCCUCAGUCUGUCUAUUCGGAUCGCCAAGCUCGGAAUUUCAGAAGAGGCCUUGCAGGCUUGGGAUCUCGAACCAAGACAAUACCUGAUGCUGUUGAUUCGUUACUCAGACGGUUACAAGUCCUUCGACGAUAUCACCGCCAACUCUGCCAAACUCCCCGACGUCUCGUUCCGGGUUGGUGUGGGCAACAAGUACAAGUGCACUCUCCUCGAGGCUCUCGCGGCCUUCAGCGAUGCCACGAAGGACAUGAGCAAGCCUCCCCGAGGAGAGGCCCAUGGUGCUACCGGCGAAGUCAAGAAGAACGUCGCUGGAUUCUCGAAUAUAUUCAUCAGUAGCUCGCUGAACCAGUUCACCAAUACCCAGUUCAUUACCCUCUUGAAGAUUCGCGCCUCUAUUGCCGUGGGAUGGGAAGGUGCUAAGCGUUAUUUCAAUGAUAAGCAAGGUCACCUGGAGGGUGGGAACGAAGAUCUCCCUGCAGUGUACUUCGAAGAGUCGGACGGAAUGAAAGACAACAUGCUACCGAACCGAAUUGCUAUAGACCACCUUACCGAUCUUCAAGCCAAAGACAUCUCAUUUCCAUUCAUCGCGAUGCAAUUUACCUUGCGGUACUUAACUCGCUGUACGCAGUUCUGCCUUGUUUGUCACGACAAGAUCGAGAAUGUAUUCGAAGCACUGAAGCCUUACGUCUGUGAGAAUCCUCUCUGUCUCUACCAGUACAUGUCGUUGGGAUUCGGACCGAGCGUUGAGCACGAGAUCAUGACCCAGCCAUAUGUCGUAGACUUGCUUGUCAGCUUUUGCCACUCAAGCGCGCUUGCCCUUCGACUCCGAGACUACCCCACGGGUAUGAGUCUCUCGGUACCUCCAACAACAAUCACGGCUCCUGUGACCACUGCUGCUCUCGUUGGCUUGGGCUCACACCAGAAAUUUGAGGACACUAACAGAUCUCGAAAUGCUUUCAAAGAUCCUGCAACGGUCUCAAUGGAAGUCCGAUUUGAUCACAGUCGUCACGAGGUUAUUUGCGAUGACCUUGAAACUUCUCCCGUUCACACCGGAGCGUGGGUCAUCAUCACAGCAGCCAAUGGCUUUGCCGCAGAGCAUUAUCGCGUCGAAGACGUCUCUUUCUUUCCCGUCAUCAGAUUAUCCUCGACUCCGAUCAGCCGUCGCGGACCAGAUCUUAGUGCACAAUCUGCAGAUAAAAUAGUUCCACUUCCAGCUACUGCAGCGAUGACUCCUCCUCCAAGUAGUCUCUCACCGGCCAUCAUGACCAUCUAUCGCCACAAUUUUGACGAUUUGAACGACGCAUCGAAGUCCUAUACAAUUGUCAUGCUGAUUGAGACGCUGCCAUCCAUCAGAGACAUGCGAGCAUACUUGGUCCAGCAAAGUCACAACACUGAGCCAAGUCUAAAGGCUUGGAAGGAGCGUAUCUCCCCUGCAGCUCUCGGUUUGCUUCGCUGGAUUAUCGCUUCGAAUCGUUCUUGUAUCGUGCAGGUGGACAGAUGCCCUGGUCAGAGCGAUAUUGAGCUGGCCAUAUCCAAGACGAGACUUGAUCAGAGGGUAUCGGAUAUCGAACCAAACUGGGUCCAAUUCCGAUUUGCGCAAGGCUCACCCGACAAGGAGCAGAGAUUCUUAAAUGCCCUCCGUGCCCAGAAACCCAAUCUCAAUGCCAAGUAUCCAACCAUUUUCGCAUGGCACGGUAGUCCGCUGGCCAACUGGCACAGCAUCAUUCGGACUGGUUUGGACUUCAAGGAAACCCUUCACGGUAGAGCAUUUGGCCAUGGUGUGUAUCACGCAAUGGAUCAGGCGACUUCCAUUGGCUACGCGCAAGUCACCCCAGGUAGCGUAUGGGAAGGUUCAGAGCUCAAGAUCCGAUCAGCCAUGAGUUUGAAUGAGAUCGUGAACUGCCCCAAGCAAUUUACAAGCAGCAGCCCAUAUCUGGUCGUUCAACAUGUCGAUUGGAUUCAAUGCAGAUAUCUGUUUGUUCAAACGACGGGUGAUAGACUCGUUGGUCCCCCAAUUGGACUCAACAGUGAGUGGAACACAAGACGCGAAGUUGAGCAAGAUCCCACUCGGGUUACCAAAUCAACGCUGGGCAAGCCAGUUGGUAUUCCAAUCUGCGCUGCUUCAAUCUCGCGGGCUUUCCACGUCGACGCAGCCGAUACUCCAGCCAAGAAGAAACGCAAGCACAACUUUAUCAAAAUCAAGAAGAAUGAGAGCUUGAUUGAGAGUGAUGGAGAGAACGCCUCAGACCUUGAUCUUAUGCGCUCUGACGACGAAUUAUUCGCCAUCAAGGACAGGGGCAAGGGACUCGUGGUAUUGAACUCAAAGCAGCCAGCUAAUCCAUUGACCGAUUUUAUCGCCGAUUCACUCGACCAACACACCCUUCCGAUGUUGCAGCCACCAAUGUACGCUACUCCGAUGGCCUCAAAUGCUCUGAAUAGAAACUUGCAGGAACUAUUGGCAAUCCAAAAGAAGACACCAUUGCACGAACUUGGCUGGUACAUCAACCCAGACCUGAUCAGCAACAUCUACCAAUGGAUCGUAGAGCUGCAUUCGUUCGAUGCUUCGCUUCCGCUUGCGAAAGACAUGAAGCUAGCCGGCGUCACCAGCAUCGUCCUCGAGAUCCGGUUCGGCAAGGAUUACCCUUUCAGCCCACCGUUUGUCAGAGUCAUCCGACCCCGCUUCCUCCCAUUCGCAGCUGGAGGUGGUGGCCAUGUCACGGCUGGUGGCGCCAUGUGCAUGGAGCUCCUGACCAACACGGGAUGGACUGCGGUCUCGACGAUUGAGAGCGUUCUCCUGCAGGUCCGCGUCGAGAUGAUGAGCCAGGACCGACCGGCUCGUCUUGAGACCACGGGCAAGCAGAUGCAGCGUGACUACGGCACUGCGGAGGCUAUCGAUGCGUACGAGCGAUCCUGCAAGACGCAUGGCUGGGCCAUCCCACCUGGAUUCCGCGACUUUGCCAACCCUUCGGUUUAG